CCCCCCCCCCCCCCCCCCGCUCAAAAAUGCCUUUGGCCGUGCUGCCGGCCCUGGUGGGCGACAUAGAAGAAGCCUUCAACGUGCACUUUGACGCGUUCCGGGACGAGCCCAUCAUGCGGUUCCUCUACCCGGGCGGCGUGGACCGCGAGGCGCACCGCAAGGGCACGGCGACGUGGUGGAACCACGACAGGACGGGCCACCACUUCAAGUGCGUCGACACGGACACGGGCCGCAUCGUCGGCCUGGCCAGCUGGGACGUCUUUUGGAAGCCGGGCGACGGCUUCGAGAGGCCUGCCGGCAUCCCCUGGCUGGAGGGCGAGGAUAAGGCGCGGUGCGAGGCGGUGCUGGCGCCCAUAUGGGACCUGCGGGUGAGGUUUUUUGGGAAGCGGCGGCACGUUUACCUCGCGUCCGUGGCCGUGGAUCCCCAGCACCAGCGGCGCGGCAUCGGGUCUCUGUUGGUGAAAAGCGGCGUCGACAUGGCGGAGCAGCUGCAGGUCCCCGUGUACACGGAGGCGUCCGAGUCGGGAUUCGGGCUGUACGAGCGCAUGGGCUUCGAGCGGGUGACGCAUGCGCGGCUCAUCCACCGGGCCGAGGUGACGGGCGACCCGGCCGACGUCGAGGUGCCGCUGGUGGUGCGCAUGCCCAGCGCGGCCAAGGGCAUGUCGUUCAAGGAGUGGGAGGAAAAGGGGUUCCCGGAGAACUAUCAGUAAGCUUGCUCUAGUUGCCCUGGUCGGCUGGUAUGGGGAGGGGAAAUGUAAGGCUUUGGGUUUUGAGAGUCGGUUGUUCAUCUUGUCUCGUCGUCAGCACCAAGGCUUUCGCGAACCUCCUCGAACUGAAAUGGACCAUGCAAACAGCGUUUUGACCAUACAUUGAACCAUUUAUGAGAAUGCGCGAUCACAACCAAUGUCGCCUCUAGCUUGAAAGACCUGUCAUAUUCCAGGGAGAUUCUCUCGCCUGCUGUUCAAUACAGCACGGUGCCCGAAGCACUCAAAAGGGGUUUGAACCCAGAGUUGUAGGAAAGCUUGCCGUUGUUUUUAUUGCGCGAAUGUCGAGGAGGAAUCGACUGGGAUCGCAUCCGAAGGUAAGUGUCUGCGAAAAAGCUACUGGAAUUGCUGUCAAACAAUGUGUAGAGGCUUGUCGGAUUGCCAUAUUGCCAUGUUUAAUUAUUUCCCAAAUACGUCCUGGGCCGCCGCCUUCCAUCGCUCUACUCAACUCUGGGUCCAACACCACCACGACCACUACCCCUCGCGCCCGAGGGGUUUGUCGCCUUCUUUCUACGCGUUCAUGGAUUUAAUCCCGAUGUUCAAGCAUGAUCGGCCCCGGCUUGUAUGCCUCGGAAUAGCAUAUGUUCAUGCGCUGGCUGGAGGCAAAAAUGCCCUGGAAAUUGGAGACUGAUACAAAGCGCCUCCUCUGUGGUACUAUAGAUACCGCAAAUGAAUUGACAGACGGCAGAACUUGGAUCACACAGUCAGGACCUAACACAAGGCCUUAAAAGGUAACUACCAGCAGUGUUUCCUCACCCUUGUGGAUAGCUCGGUCAUAACCAAAACACUUGUGAUCUGUGCCAGUGUGACAUGUCAGUAGGGUAAUCUUGGCAAAGAAGAGUUGAAGAUAGAGAGGACCAGUUUGGGCGUUUUGUCAAGAGGAUAUAGGUUUGUAACAUCGCAGUCACUUUUAGUAGCGGAAAUGAGUUGCAGCAAGUUUUCAGGUUGGGACUUUUAUAAAAGAAUUGUUUGGACAAACCAGUGCACCUGUUUGAUCUAUUUCAGAAACAUCUAUCCAGACCAACCCUGUCCAACAGAUCUCUUGGGGUGAUGAGGG